GGCGCAUGCGCGCGCACUUUUUCAAUUUGACGGUUGACAUUUCCAGAAAAUGUAAUGAAAAAAAGCAAAAAGUCGGUGGAAAUAGUAGUGGAAACUGUCCCAGGAUUCUCAAAAGUGCGAAAGGGGGCCAUGGGCACCGCCCAGACCAUGCCGUUGACAUAACCUCAAAUCAUGCAUAAGCUAGUAAAAGUGUGGCAAAUCGGCCGUUUAAACUACUCUAAAGGUUUAAAAUUGCAAAAACACCUCGUCCAUCUCCACCAUGAACAGCCCGAAUUCGCAAAUAACACACUCCUGUGUCUGGAGCACCCCCCUGUCUACACCACGGGAAUUCGCACCAAGGAGUACCCCCAAGACGUUGCGCAACAGUUGGAGGCUUUAGGAGCGGAGUUUCACAGGACGGACAGGGGCGGAUUGAUCACGUUUCAUGGCCCCGGCCAGUUGGUUGUCUACCCUAUCCUCAAUUUGAAAGAUUUCAAGCCCAGUAUGAGGUGGUAUGUGUGCCAUAUUGAGAAAACUGUGAUACGGUUGUGUAAAAAAAUGGGGAUUGAGGCGGAGACUUCGCCGCAUACGGGGGUCUGGGUCAAUGAUAAUAAGAUUUGUGCCAUUGGGGUACAUGGGAGUCGGUUUGUGACCUCGCACGGCCUUGCUCUUAAUUGUUGCACUGAUUUGAAAUGGUUUGAACAUAUUGUACCGUGUGGCAAUGAGGGGAAAGGUGUGACGAGUCUCUCGAAAGAGUUGAACAGGCUCGUGACUGUGGAGGAGGUAAUUCCCCUCUUUCUGGACAGCUUUUCCGAAAUUUUUUCAUGCAAUUAUGUUAGUUUUCCCAAACGUGAAUGUGAUAAUAUCUUAGAAAACAUUGUUCAAUAAAAUUUUAUUACUGAAGUG